AUGCCCCUUUCAGAUCCGGAGGAACAAGCAGCGUGCACCAUUCAGAGAGUAUAUCGUGGCUACCGAACUCGUCGAGAACUUGAAGGAUGUGGUCUGUCCGCCUCCACUCGGUGGCUGAAUACUCUCAAACCCCCUCACCAAGAACAGACUGAUGAUGAUGAUAUCGAAAACGAGGCCGAUCCUGCCCACAAUAUCAGCCCUGCGCGCAAGAAAUGGCAACGAGCUGUCAGCGUUGCAAUACAGGCUAGCGCAGACGGGGGGCCUUCAGUUGACCAGGAGGGUCAUAACCAUCCCGAUGAUCUUCAGAGCCUUCAAACUCCCACGUGUCCUUCAAAGACGAUGGGCCUUGAAUACUUUCUGGAAAUGGUCGAUUCGAAACACCGCCAUGGGAGUCAUCUCCGUACUUACCAUGCUGCUUGGAAGAACUCUCCCUCCAAUGAGAACUUCUUUUACUGGCUGGACUACGGCGAGGGCAAGGAGAUUGAGCUUCCACAGUGCACACGUGAGCAACUUGAGAAAGACCAAGUCCGUUAUCUAUCCCCGGAAGAGCGAUUCAACUAUCUGGUCAACGUCGAUGACACGGGUCUCUUGAGGUGGGCUAAGAACAAUGAAUUGGUAGACACUGAUAACGAGCGCUACAAGGACAGCAUUAAUGGAGUAGUUCGUGUGGAUGAGAAUGUUCCUCGAAGUGGGGGUCGUCGUACCCAGGACCCAGCCUCCGCUCCGGUAUUUGACCAAAGUACAUCACGAGAAUCAUCUUCGCCUAUUUCUCCCGUCAACGAAGAGACCAAAGAUUCAAGUCCAUCAACCCGUGAGGACUAUGAACUUGGUAAGGCUGUCAACAAAUUUUCCCGCAUCCGGCCCGCAGUUGUCUACGACCAUUUCGCUGGAAGUUUAUCCAUCAAGGAUGGGAUGUGGAUAUUUGUUGCAGAUACAUCGUUUCGCAUCUACAUUGGAAUCAAGGAGCCAGGGGCAUUCCAACACAGUUCAUUUUUACGAGGAGGCAGAAUCUCUGCAGCGGGCCUGAUUAAAACCAAAGAUGGACAGAUCCGAGGUCUAGCACCUUUAAGCAGUGGUCACUAUCGCCCGCACCUUGCCAACUUCCGUGCCUUCCAUCACUCGCUCCAAGAGCGAGGUGUUGACUUGUCGCGAGUAUCGAUGACCAAGUCAUAUGCAAUUUUGGCGGGAAUCGAAGGGUACACUACAGCCAAGCGCAAGGUCAAAAAUUUCCAUGAGAAGCUGGAUGAUGCCAAGCAAAAGCUUCAUUCUAUGCACCUACAUACAGAUGACACAAAGGGUGACGAAAAGCCUUGA